GACAGCAGCGGGGUGAAGACAACAUGUCGAUCCAGUAUGAUGUGGAACAGCUGGCUGACAGCUACGGGGUGGCGGACUCGUUCCCGAAAGACUUCGGCUACGGCGAGGAGGAGGAGGCCGACAUCGAGGACAGCCCGGCGGCGUCCGACAGCAAGCCCCGGAUCCUGCUCAUGGGUCUGCGGCGGAGCGGGAAGUCCUCCAUACAGAAGGUGGUUUUCCACAAGAUGUCUCCCAACGAGACCUUGUUUCUGGAGAGCACAAACAAGAUCUACAAGGACGACAUCUCCAGCAGCUCUUUCGUCAACUUCCAGAUCUGGGACUUCCCGGGCCAGGUGGACUUCUUCGACCCCACCUUCGACUACGAGAUGAUCUUCAGAGGCACCGGGGCUUUGAUAUUUGUCAUCGAUGCUCAGGAUGACUAUGUGGAGGCUCUGGGUCGGCUUCACCUCACAGUGUCUCGGGCCUACCGGGUAAAUCCAGAGAUUAACUUUGAGGUGUUUAUCCACAAAGUGGACGGACUCUCAGACGAUCACAAGAUCGAGACCCAGAGAGACAUCCACCAGAGAGCCAAUGACGAUCUGGCCGACGCGAGCUUAGAGAAGCUACAUCUCAGCUUUUAUUUGACGAGUAUUUACGACCACUCGAUCUUUGAGGCCUUCAGCAAAGUGGUGCAGAAGCUCAUCCCUCAGCUCCCAACUCUGGAGAACCUCCUAAACAUCUUCAUUUCUAAUUCAGGGAUAGAAAAGGCGUUUCUGUUUGAUGUGGUCAGUAAGAUCUACAUCGCCACAGACAGCUCUCCCGUCGACAUGCAGUCCUACGAGCUCUGCUGUGACAUGAUCGAUGUGGUCAUCGACGUCUCCUGCAUCUAUGGCCUGAGGGAGGACGGCAGCGGCAGUGCGUACGACAAAGAGUCGAUGGCCAUCAUCAAGCUCAACAACACCACUGUGCUGUACCUGAAAGAGGUCACCAAGUUCCUGGCCCUCGUCUGCAUCCUAAGAGAAGAAAGCUUCGAGCGCAAAGGAUUGAUAGACUACAACUUCCACUGUUUCCGAAAGGCCAUCCAUGAAGUGUUCGAGGUCGGCGUUUCCACCGGGCGUCCAGUGGGCUCCCAGGCUGUGGGCUCACCGUGCAAUAAGGCCGUCGCAUUGAACGGCACGCCGCGCAACACUGUCUAGACACUGAUGCAAAAUAUACACAAAAAAAACAAAAAGACUCAAAAAGAGGGUGGAGGAGAAGGAAAGACGAGAAAAGGGCCAGGGAGCAUGUAGAGGAGAGACUACAGGACUGAGGCUCCCUGGUGCGCCAAUCACAAUCCCUCUCUCCCAGCCCCCCCCGAAGCACUGAGAGAUGGCUGGAGACCAGAGAGUGUGGCAGCAGCACCGGAUCACUGGCAGGUCAGACCUCCGCUGUUGGAAAGAUGGAAGAGGAAGUCGGGUCGAUCGGUUUCAGGAAAAACCGCCGGCUGUGAGGAAGUGGACAGAGUAAAACUGCGACCUGGACAGAAAAGAAAACGGUCGCUCGCCCGCUCUCUCGCUCGCGCUCUCUGGAUUUCCUCAAGCGGUCACAGACUGUGACAUUUAGCUGCUGGUCUCUGUACGAACAAUGUGAGGAGGGAAAACAAACCCCUUGUCGUAAACCUCUUGCUAUGGACGAGCUGUGAUGACGCCGAUCUGUCUCGUAAUGAACACACACACACACCCCCCGCACCCACCCCCCACCCCCACCCGACCACUUCUGUGCUGAUUUAAAAAAAAAAUGGAAAAGAAAGGAAAAAGAUGGUGAAUGUGACCUGCUAGUCCUCCUAACCCACACCUGUUCAGAGAUGGCCUUAUGUAGACGAAGCUUGACUUCAGUGCAAGCUUCCUGUCUGCACCACUCACCUCACCCGACCUGUAUGCUGCCCAAAACUCGCUCUGGUUUCACACGUGAAGGGAAAACAAGUUUCUGUGAGCAGUCUGAAAAGGGAUUGUGCUGUCGAUUUAACUAACUUAGUCUUGUGUGCGCGAAUGUUGAUACCCGUGUGUGUGUUUGGAUGUGCGUGCGCGUCAAUGAAAGGUCUUGAUUAGAUCCCAGACUGGGCUCCUCGUUUGUACGGUUGAAGAAAUGAGUAUUCGUCCUUCUGCUCGAUAACAGCAGCUUAGCGUAGUUACUCUCUCUUCAAUCAGUGGAAGUAACUUUUCUCUUUGUGCUUCAGUGAAAAUCAAAAUACUUGAUUGGCUCUCUGGUGAGUUCUUGCUUGAAAUUUGGAAAAGUCUUUGCAAAAGCACUGCCACCAUAAACAAAUGAUUCCAAAAAAAGUGACAUAAUAAAAAUAGAGCAUCAUUAUUUAACUUUAUUCUUUUGCCAUCUAAAGUAAAAAUGUAUUGGGUCGGGGCUGAUGUGCGGGACUGAUCCAAAUCGACGUUUUCACGAUAUUAACCAGUAGAAACUUGCAUGUUUUUUGUUUUUUUUCCACCUUCAGUUUCAGCUCUGCUCAAAAUGAUUAACCUAAGUUCUGUGUUUAGUUUGGCUCUGUUCAAGAGGAUUGACAGAAAGACAAAAUGUCCCCAGUCCCAAGCAUGCACCCGUCAGUGUGUUGACCUUAAACACAGCUUAUUGUAUUCAAAGGUGAGAAACUAAUCAUGACGCACAAAUUGAUUUACUUUGGGCAUGUAAGAUGUUCAAGCCUUCAUCACAAACAAACUACAGAAACUUGACUCACAAAUGUUACUUAGAAAAACUUUGCUGAGUGAAUCUGAGCAGUGUUUAGUUUAUUACUCAGCAAACAACUCUUCUUCAUUAAGGGCCCGAGAUCUUCUCAACCUUGUCAUUUAGCAGUCACCUGAAAAUAAAACACGUGCACAUCAGAAGCUUGAUGGAUGAUUGAUUUCCUGUAUUGUGAGCUAUACUGUGUGAAAUAAAUGAAAUUUUAAAUUUU